UUGGUUGUUCAGCAUCUUCUGCCUUGAAGAUCAACGCAAAAGGAAACACCAACAUGGUCAAGAAGAAGGUAGAUGCGCGUGUGCGCACGUUGAUUGAGAACUGCGUCAAGACGAACCACCGGUCGUUCUUUGUCCUCGUGGGUGAUCAUGGCAAGGACCAAGUCGUGAACUUGCACUACAUCCUCAGCAAAACCGUCGUGAAAGCGCGCCCGAAAGUACUGUGGUGCUACAAGAAAGAGCUCGGGUUCUCCACGCACAAGCAAAAGCGCAUGAAGCAGAUCAAGAAGCAGAUGGCGCGUGGUCUGUACGACGCCAACCAGGACGAUCCGUUCGAGUUGUUCAUCUCGUCCACGGACAUUCGAUGGUGCUACUACAAGGAAACGCAAAAGAUCCUUGGUCAAACGUACGGCAUGUGUGUGUUGCAGGACUUCGAGGCCGUGACCCCCAACAUUCUCGCGCGCACGAUCGAAACGGUCGAAGGCGGCGGUGUGGUCGUGCUGCUCCUGCGCACGAUGUCGUCGCUCAAGAAGCUGUACACCAUGUCCAUGGACGUGCACGCGCGAUUCCGCACGGAAGCGCAUCAAGACGUGGUCGCGCGCUUCAACGAGCGUUUCAUCUUGUCGUUGAGUUCGUGCGACAAGUGUCUGGUGCUGGACGACGAGUUGAACGUGUUGCCAAUCUCCAAGCACGCACGCAACAUUGAAGCAUUGCCGCCGGUCGAGAACGACGUGACGCCCGCGCAGCAGGAGCUGCUGGAUCUUAAGGAAUCUCUCAAGGACACACAACCCGUGGGGGCCCUCGUGGCGGAAUCCCGCACGAUGGACCAGGCCAAGGCCGUGUUGACGUUUGUCGAGGCGAUCGCGGAGAAGACGCUUCGGUCGACGGUGGCUUUGACCGCCGGUCGCGGCCGCGGCAAGUCGGCGGCGCUGGGGAUGGCACUGGCGGCGGCGGUCGCGUACGGCUACAGCAACAUCUUUGUGACGGCGCCGUCUCCAGAGAACCUCGGCACUGUGUUUGACUUUGUGUUCAAGGGGCUGGACGCGCUUAAGUACAAGGAGCACUUGGACUACGAGAUCAUCCAAAGUACCAACCCCGAGUUCAACCACGCCGUGGUGCGUGUCAACAUCUUCCGGGAACAUCGCCAGACGAUCCAGUAUAUCCAGCCCACGGACCACUCCAAGCUCGCGCAGGCCGAGUUGCUUGCGAUCGACGAAGCCGCGGCCAUCCCGUUGCCCGUGGUCAAGCAACUUCUAGGACCAUAUUUGGUCUUCAUGUCGUCCACGAUCAACGGGUACGAAGGCACAGGGCGGUCGUUGUCGCUCAAGCUGAUUCAAAAGUUGCGCGAACAGCAAGGCUCGGCCGCCGCCGCUGCCCGCCACGCCGCGUCGUCCGUCCAUGGCGAUAACAAGACGCGCAAGGGCGAGCGGAAGCUGCAUGAGGAGCGAUGGCAAGCGGCCAGCUCGGCGGCACACGCGCAGCUGGGCGGCCAAGGAGGCGGCGGGACUGGCCGAGUGCUGCGCGAAAUCAACCUCGACAUCCCCAUCCGAUAUGCGACCGACGACUCGGUGGAAAAAUGGCUCAACGACCUGCUCUGCUUGACCUGCUCGAGCCCCCGCAUCGGCGGCGGUACCCCCCACCCACGCGACUGUGAGCUCUAUUACGUCGACCGCGACUCGUUGUUUUCAUACCACAAAUUGUCGGAGAGUUUCUUGCAGCGCUUGAUGUCGUUGUAUGUGGCGUCGCACUAUAAGAACCAGCCCAACGACUUGCAAUUGCUCAGCGAUGCCCCGGCCCACCACAUUUUCGUGCUCCUGGGCCCCCAAGCCGAAGGCCAAGGCAACGCUGGCCAACUCCCAGAUGUGUUGUGCGUGGUGCAAGUUGCAUUGGAGGGGGAAAUCUCCAAGGAAUCAGUCCAGGCCCAGCUUUCCCGCGGCCAGCGCGCCAGCGGCGAUUUGAUCCCUUGGACCGUUGCUCAGCAAUUCCAAGACAACGAGUUUGCCACGUUAUCUGGAGCUCGUGUCGUGCGUAUUGCAACCCACCCCGAUGCCACCGGCAUGGGGUAUGGAUCGCGCGCGAUUUCGUUGUUGACCAAGUACUACCAAGGGGACAUGGCCACGGACGCCGCCGGCACCAACGAAGAUGAAGAAGAAGUCGAGAAGUCCAAAACGACUGGCGACGACGACGAUCUUUCCGAAGACGAAACCACCCAAUUGCGCCGGGAAAAAGUCAAGCCGCGCAAGAAACUGCCGCCGCUUUUGCUGCCGCUCACGGACCGCCCGGCGGAGCGCCUGCAUUGGUUUGGCACGUCGUUUGGGCUUACACUGCCACUGUACAACUUUUGGAACCGCGCCGGCUUCAAAUCAGUGUACAUCCGACAGACGGCCAACCCCCUCACUGGCGAGCACACGACUAUCAUGCUCCACGCCCUCAACUGCGCCGACCUGCCGGCGUCCCCCGCCGACGGCUGGCUGCAUGAGUUUGUGGCCGACGCCAAGCGCCGAUUUGUGUCGCUGCUCGCGUACGAAUUCCGGACGCUGCCGGUGACGUUGGCGCUGAGUCUGCUCACGGACCCGGGUACCUCGUCGGACGAACAGCUGCUACAGCGCGCCGCGACCGGGUUGAUCCCGGCGUCCGAGCUCCAAGUGACGCUGACCCCGUUCGACGUCAAGCGGCUGCAGUCUUAUGCCAAGAACAUGGUGGAUUACCACAUGAUUGUCGACUUGGUGCCGCUGGUGGCGAGGCUGUACUUUUUGAACCGACUGCCCGACACCACCUUGUCGUACUUGCAACGCGCGAUUCUCAUGAGCAUCGGGCUGCAAAACCAAAGUGUGGACGUGCUCACGUCGGAGCUGAACGUGCCGUCCAACCAGGUGCUAGCGUUGUUUAACAAGGCUGUGCGCAAGUUUAGCACGGCGUUUCAAGCGAUUCUCGAAGCCGAAGUCGCGGCGACGAUGGCCGUGCCGGUGGCCGUGGCGCCCAUGGUCCCCACCGCCGAGACCCUCGAGGAAGACUUGGCCGACGGCAAAACGCAAGCGAUCAACGCUUUGAAGCAAAAGGAGCUGCUCGAGUCGCUCAACCUGCAGAAGUACGCCGUUCGCGGCAACGACGACGACUGGGCUGCGGCGCUCGACGGCGUCAAGAAGGACGAGGCCGCCGACCUCAAGUCGGUCCAAGUGAAAAAGAUCAAGAAGCGAAAAGACAACGACCAAGACAACAAGGUAGCUCAACCCGACUCGAAAAAGGCCAAAAAGGGCAGCAAAAAACCCAACUCAAAAUACGCCAACCUCAAGUAAACGCCGUCCGUCGCCCCAUAUAAUCAACAUUCGAUCAUCAUAUAGAACCCAUUUGUGUGUAUUUGCCUUCGAUGUCGAU